AAAGACAAUCUAAGCUACCAUUCAGCGAUCAAAACACUAUCACCAGUCAUAUUUUUCUUCUACAAUCAUACUUAUGCCCGCCUUCGUGUUCGUGGAAACAGCAAUUAUGGCUCUGUUUUUAGCAUUUCUGUACGUUUUCUAGGCACUCAUCUGAUAUUCAGAGCAUAGUUGGGAUUUCGCUUUCAAACUCAGGAUUCAAUCUCUCUCCCGAUCUAAAACUCUCUCUCUCUCUAUCUCCUUCUCUUCGAGAUUUCUUCAUCGACGGCAAUGGCAAGGACAGGAAGCAAUAACAUACAGGCCAAGCUGGUGCUCCUCGGGGACAUGGGGACCGGGAAGACAAGUUUGGUACUGAGGUUUGUCAAGGGGCAAUUUUUGGAGUUCCAGGAAUCAACAAUUGGAGCGGCCUUUUUCACUCAAGUUUUGUCAUUGAAUGAGGCAACUAUUAAGUUUGACAUAUGGGACACAGCUGGGCAGGAACGGUACCAUAGCUUGGCACCAAUGUACUAUCGCGGUGCAGCUGCAGCCGUUGUGGUAUACGAUAUCACAAGCAUGGAUUCAUUUCAACGAGCUAAAAAGUGGGUUAUUGAAUUGCAGAGACAAGGAAAUCCGAAUCUGAUAAUGUUCUUAGUAGGCAACAAGGUUGACUUGCAAGAGAAGAGAAAAGUUGGCAUCGAGGAAGGUGAGCAGUAUGCUAAAGAAAAUGGAAUGGUAUUCCUUGAAACAUCUGCGAAAACCACCCAGAAUGUGAACGAGCUCUUUUACGAAAUAGCUAAGAGAUUGGCCAAUAAAGCCCCCUCACGUCCAAUCGGAAUGAAAUUGCAUAGGAGACCUCAAGAAACUGGAAGGAGAAUGUUUUGUUGCUCCUGAAGAAUGAUGAUACCCAUGCUUGACAUAUACUUGGGAUUAACCUGGAUCUUGUCUGCGGAUGUUGCUCUAUCAGAUUGGAAUGCAUUGUGGGCCAUCAGAUUUGAAGAUUGAAGAUGCUCUCAAGGAAAAAAAACUUCACAUGAAUAUCUGUUGUAUGCGUGUUGUUACUUCUCACUCAGAAGCUUUGUCACAUUUGGAAAUAAAUACUCUUGUGCUGGAAAAAACUGUGGAACGGAUGAAUAAAGAAACAUGUCACGUAAAUAUGUGAUUAUUUAUUUGAUCAUCUAAUAAAUGUACUCGUGCAAAUAUCAGAGUUUGUCAUUA